ACCGUCGCCAUCGUUAUCACCGUCCCCCUCCCCGAUAAUCGCGAUGACGAAGCGCUCGAGCAGAUACUCCCCCUUUGCCAUCCCCAGCCUGGCCAUGUCCGAGCUUGUGCAGGCGACGCUGGACCACGAUUCGACCGAUAUGCUGAUCGACAAAUGGCUUGAGCACCGCGGCGGCGCGCACGACGCCUACCAUGAGUGGUUCCUCGACGUCCGGGAGCGCAAGCACGCCGCGAGCGCGCGCGGGCAGGCGCUCCUCUGGACAAAGGGGGACUUCAUGCCCGAGAACAUCUUCUGUCGCACGGUCGAUACGGGGCGCCUGAUCCCCCUCGAUCGGACGUGGACGACGCACGUCUACCACCACCGCUCCAUGCAGGAGCGUAAGCUCUCGAUGAUGCCCGUUGUCUUUACUAUGCUUCCAGAGUUGAUGAUCCUGCGCGGGAUGCACGAUAUCGGCUGCGACGAGAUCUUCAUCAUCGUCACCGAUCUGAAGCGGCAGGAGAUGGACGACGUGACGGAGUACUUCAAGCUCGUCUGCAGACAUGCGUACGGCCGGACAUGUAAACCGUCUAUCGCACAAAGGAUACAGGCCGAGCAUAUCCGACUCUCGCAUACCCUCCUCAAGCAACGGCGCACCCCAUGCUUCCCCCAGAUCGACCUCACACUGCGCGCCAUCCUGUACGAGAAGCAGCCGCGCUUCAUCGUGCUCUUCUCGCAUCAAACGACCUCCUACUCCCAGAUAUUCUUCACGCAUAACUCGUUCGUCCCUGACGAGGCGAUCUUCUACGACUACCCGACCGGCUGCCCGAAUCCCUGCUGCACCGAGGACUGCGAGAUGAUACGAUUCCCCCGGCGUGGAAUCGAUGCCGCCAGCGUUCUGGGCGUGCGGCGGGGCGGGAAGUACGGCAAGCGCAUACGGGCGCGAUCCAUGUGCAACUGGGUCGACUGCGACGUCUGCUUCGAGGAGGAGCCGCCGUUGCCCAGCGAGAGCUCUAGCAGCGAGACGAGCAGCAGCGACGGGAGCGAUAAUGGCGAGCGCAUCGCGCCGCAGGUUUGCAGCAAGUGCAAGCUUGUGCGGUACUGCAGCGCCGAGCACCAGAAGAUGGACUGGGAGGAGCACAAGCGCGUCUGCGUGCGCCCUAGACCUUAGGUCCCCGCGAUCCAGCCUGCCCUCAGCCAUCCGUCCCGUACGUUCGCUCGCGCCCGCGCCACGGCAUACCAACGAAUCGUCGAGCUGCAUUCUCCUCUCCUCCAUUGUCCUUAUCGUCUUCAUCUUUUGGUCUUCUUUGUUUCUCCCUCUGUUGGUGUUACGUCCCAGGUUGAGCAUAGACAUUCAUCGAUGUCAACGUCCAGUGUUUAUCCUUUGUUGUAUCUCUUGCAUUGUUCGCAGUGUCCAUGACCUCACGACGUAUCUAUACCUUUAUGUAUGUACCACUAGCAUGCGCGCCAUCGUGUUGAUGACAGUUCUCUGAUCCUAAAA